AUGCUGUUUUCGCUGGGAUUAUUCUUCCUCGUUACGACAUAUGCUGCUGCUUUCCCACUAAAUGAUGACUUUAAUCCAUGCAAAGUUAGUUUUAGUCGAACCGUCUUUUAUUAUGCGAAUCCAAGCGAUCCUCAGUCAUAUAUACAAUGUGAUAAUAAUGGCAAUCAAUUUAUCAAUUAUUGUGCUCCAAAUUUAAUUUGGGAUGACCCUAUUAAAGCAUGCAAUUGGCCACCAACUCCUCUAAGGACUAUUCCAGAAACUACAACGACGUCUACAGCGCCAUCAUUGCCCAUAGUAUCCGUAUGUCAACCAAAUCCUUGUUAUCACGGUGAUUGUUUUUAUGUAGUUCAGUCUCGAACUUAUGCUUGUAUAUGUGAACCGAAUUAUAUUGGAAAACGUUGUGAGACCAAUAUCGAUGACUUGACAACCGAGACUGGAGCAAUCCAGAAUGAUAUACUCUAUGAUAACGAUGAAUUGAAGAACCCAACACUUAAAGCAGUGUCAAAUGAAGUUAUUAUCGCAAAUAUAAUUCAACGCUCACAGAAAAGUGUAAUAAACUUAUUUACAAAAGACGAAUUAUAUCAUAUAAUUGAUCGUUUACUUCGCACAGAACCCUAUGAACAUUGGCAAGAUAAUUUUGAAUUGAUUCUUAUUGAAGUGUCACAAAAAGGUUCAUCUUCGACUCAGAAAAAACAAUUCUUUACAGCUUUAUUCGAUUCGACAAAACAAUAUAUCGUAACAGAUAAUGUCUUCUACUAUAAUUUUGAUCAAUAUCAAAAGACUAACACACAAACAAAAGUUGAUGAAAUGGCAUUAAUUAAUAAACUUCAAGGUUUAACUAAAACACCGGCACGAUUUCAAAAAGUGACGUUGAUUCACUAUAACAAAGGACAAACAAAAUUUGUUUCAGUCAUCGUUGAUCGAGAAACAAAUAUCAUGUAUAAAGAGUCGGAUGAGCAGGAAUCAACAGCAGAAACCUUAACUGAAGACAGAAAAGGUUAUUCACCAUUUGGCAAAGUUAGUCGGCAACGUCGACAAUUUGAUAAAUUCGCAGACAGAGACGAUAGUGAAAACGGAAUAGUAUUUGAUGCGGCCGUUGUCUACCGAAAUGAUGUCAAAGAAAUUAGAAUUGACUUCGAAAACCAACAAAUUUUUGUAGUAUACAAAGAUCCAAAUGUGGAAAAUAACGAUGAUGCGACCGAAGAUAUCACAACAAUUCAUUAUGAAUCACAGUCAAAUACAUUGGUGAAAAAUCAAAAUUCUGAGAAGAAUGGGGAAGAAUUGUUUCACACAAAUGAGAAUAAAAACAAUCUUUUAUUUACAACAUCAUUACCAAUGAAAAACAUAAAAAGUGAAGAAAUAAUUUCAAGUACAACAGAAACCAUAAGCAAAGCAGUUGGCAUAACCAAACCUAGUGAUAUGACAGCUCCAACGACCACACUUGGCAAUCUACUUUCAACUUCACUCGAAAUAACAACCACUAAACAGACAACCCCACAUCCAAGUGAAACAACACCAAGUAGUAGCACGACUACUAUUAGACAAGACAAUGUGGAUAUCUCAACUUCGCGUCCAAGUGAAACAGCAUCAAGUGAUAGCCCGACUACUAUUAGACAAGACAAUCAAAUAACCGGCAGUGCGGAUAUCUCAACUUCGCGUCCAAGUGAAACAGCAUCAAGUGAUAGCCCGAUCACUAUUAGACAAGACAAUCAAAUAACCGGCAGUGUGGAUAUCUCAACUUCGCGUCCAAGUGAAACAGCAUCAAGUGAUAGCCCGAUCACUAUUAGACAAGACAAUCAAAUAACUGACAGUGUGGAUAUCUCAACUUCGCGUCCAAGUGAAACAGCAUCAAGUGAUAGCCCGACUACUAUUAGACAAGACAAUCAAAUAACUGACAGUGUAGAUAUCUCAACAACAACUGUGAUAGCGGAGGAUAGUAGUAUAAAAUCAAAUUAG